AUGGCCGAUGUUGAAGACAACACCGCCAACCCGGUGAACGAGCCACUGGAUCUUGUGCGCCUUUCGCUCAACGAGAUUGUCUUUGUCAAGCUGCGCGGUGAUCGCGAAUUGCAGGGCAGACUUCACGUACGAGUCCUCGUCCGUUCUGCUUGGACGCUCAAUAGGCGUGCUGACACAGAUGCGCAGGCUUACGACAGUCAUUGUAACCUGGUUCUCGGAGAAGUCGAAGAGACCAUCUACGUUAUCGACGAUGAUGACGAGUCUGAGAGCGUAAGGGUAGGAUACAUCCAGACCCAGUCCUUGCAAUUGCUUGCUAACACCUUCGCCAGNACGCUCAAGAAGCAGUCCGAAAUGCUGUUUGUCAGAGGUACCUACUCCACCCGCAAUCCAUCGUACCGGACCAUCUCAGCUCACACAUCAUGCACAGGAGACUCGGUGGUCUUGAUCUCGCCCCAAGCACAAUAG